AUGAAAAGCGAUCACUUGCCUAUCGAUGAGUCCAUAAGUUUGGCGAAUGAAGUGUUUGAAGAUGUGAUGAAAAGCAAUGAUGUGGUCAAAGGGUUGGCCACUAUUGAGCCCUAUUGUGACCGAAGUGUUUACCACAGUUUGGUUCGUUCACUAUAUCUCCUCUUGACUGCUGGUACAUCCAUGGAAAAGGUAGACAUAGACGCGGCUCAAAUAGCUGUCAAUGAUUUGCGAGACGUUUGCAAUAAACACCGAAAGACUGUGGAAGUGCAUGCUGAAUUAGUACACGCCUUGAGUUUGGCAAUAAGCGUGGUAGUGGAGAUAAUCAUGAGAACCCGUUCCCAUUGGGAAAGCGAGACAUCGAGACUUAAUUUUGAGUCGACUGUCCGCUGUUGUAACGGUAUCUGCCAUCUGGUCAUCAGUAAUAUACCCCCAAAGAUACUGCGAAUUAUAAACUUUCUGGGCAUCAGAGGGGUUGAGAGUUUGGGCUGGAAAAAUAUUAACAAGGCAGCAUUUGAGUUACCCGAUAUGGCCAGAGCUCGAGAAAGGCCAUAG